AUGGCGCUCGAGGCUCUCACAUCACCGCGAUUAGCUUCUCCGGUUCCUCCUCUGUUUCAAGAUUCUUCAACCUUCCAUGGCGUCGAACACUGGACCAAGGGCAAACGAUCUAAACGAUCCAGAUCCGAUUUCAACCAACAAAACCUCACCGAAGAAGAGUAUCUCGCUUUCUGCCUCAUGCUCCUCGCUCGCGACGGCAACCGUACCCGUCUGACUCUACCUCCUCCGGUAGCUGAGAAGUCAUCGUCGGCGAUCUACAAGUGCAGCGUCUGCGACAAGUCCUUCUCUUCUUACCAAGCUCUCGGCGGGCACAAGGCGAGCCACCGGAAAAGCUUGUCUCAGACUCACUCCGGCGGAGGCGAUGAUCAGUCGACGUCGGUGACAACCACUUCCGCCGUGACUACUGGAACUGGAAGUGGGAAAUCGCACGUCUGCACGAUCUGCAACAAGUCGUUUCCUUCCGGCCAAGCUCUCGGCGGACACAAGCGGUGCCACUACGAAGGGAAUAACAACAACAGUAGUAGCGUGUCGAAUUCCGAAGGUGCGGGGUCCACCAGCCACGUCAGCAGUAGCCACCGUGGGUUUGACCUGAACAUCCCUCCGAUACCGGAAUUCUCGUCGGUCAACGGAGACGACGAGGUCAUGAGCCCGAUGCCGGCGAAGAAGCCCCGAUUCGACUUUUCGGAGAAACUUCAACAACAUUAA